AUGAACUUGUGGGUUGACCAGAUAAACGCUAAUACAGGACUGGUUUUAACAGACGUAUUACUCAAGGAAAAAGCACAUACUUUCACAGAAGAACUUGGAAUUGAUAAAGAAGCUCAAAAAUUUAGUAAUGGCUGGCUCGAAAAAUUUAAGAAACGCAAUAACAUACGAAAAAUUAUGCUUCAUGGAGAAGCAAAUAGCGUACUGCUUGCAUUAUUGCCUGAAGCACGCAUAAUACUUCAAGCUAUAAUUUCAGGUUAUGAUCUUGAUAAUAUAUAUAAUGUGGAUGAAACAGAAAUUACGAAUGUGGUACAACUUACUAAAGAUGACAUAGAAACAGAUGAUAAUGCGAUUCAAAUAAUCCUUUCCAAUUUUACAUCAAGUGAUUAUGAAGUAACAGAUGAAGCUAAAGCAUAUUUACGUACCAUUGAUGAAAUAGUUCCUACUGAAGAAAUUCUUGAUGAUAAUAACAUUAUUGCAUUGAUAAAACCUCAAGAAGAAAAUGAAACGAAUCAAGAAUCAGAUAAUGAAAUACCACCUUUAAUAACGAUAAUGGAAGCCAUUGAAUCAUUACAAAAG